AUGGCGCUCGGGAUGGCGGCGGGACGAAUGGGGGCGGCGCGCGGCGUGACGGCGACGCGGGCGUCGACGAGCGAACGGGAACGGUGUGAAAGUGCGGUGUGGUGGAAUCGACGCGCGAUCGGACGUCGACGCGUCGUCGUGCGCGCGAUCGGAUGGGAUCGGGAGGCGGCUGAAAACGCGGCUGAAAACGCGGAGAAGGCGGCGGCGGCUGAGGCGCGGCGACGGACGAGCAACGCGCGAGCGGCGCCGCCGGCGAUGAUUCCGGCGGCUUUUGAUGACGAUUUGAUGAUUUCAUUCGAUGAUGACGAAGAGGACGUGGGUGAGGACGACAAGGAGAUGGAGGAGCGCGCGCUCAUCGAGGCCACAGUGGCGCGUCUUCGUAGUCGUCAGGCGCUAGGUAAGACGCUGAUGACAGAGAAGCCCAAGGCACCGGUGGCGAUGACGGCGGGGGCAAAAGCGGCGCGAAAGCUGGGACGCAACACGGUGAAGAAGAGCGACUGGCAGAGCUUCGUGGACUGGAAAACUCUGGAGCAUCAAGAGUUUGAAACGCUGAGUGACGAGGAGUUUGCCAAGCUGAGCAAGAAGCUCGCGCUCGAGCCCCAGUGGCGACCGAUGGUGAGCUACCUCAAGUCUCUCGGACUUAAGACGAGAGAUCUUGAAAAGGUGGCCAUCAACUGUACCGACUUGCUCAAUCGACCGGUGUCUCGUGUCAUCUCUCGCGUCGAGUACCUCGAAGGCGAGCUCGGAUUGGAGAAGAAGAACUUGAGGCAAAUCGUGAACAAGGAUCCUCGAAUUCUACUCCAGCGCAAUCGACACUCUAUCCCUCGCUGUCGAUACCUCACAAAGAUCGGUCUUCCACAGGAGAAACUUGCAGACGUGCUGGGGAAGCAACCGAGUAUUUUGCACCUCAGCGUGCAAAAAGGCUUGAUGCCGCGGGUGCAGUACCUCAAGGAUGAAGUUGGUGUUUCGGCCGAGGACAUUCCGCUCCUUAUUCAGCGUUCUCCGGCGGUGCUAACGUUCUCGAUUGAAAACCAAAUCCAGCCACGAGUGGAGUUCCUGUACGAUUUGGGCAUCAGCAAAGAGAACGUGGUGAAAAUGCUCACGCGCCAUCCGCAAAUGUUGCAGUACUCGUUUGAGAAUUUGGAGGAGAAACUCAAGUUUCUUGGAGACAUUGGAAUGGAUGACAACGAGGCUGCCCUUACAGUGACUCGGUUGUCUCAGUUCUUCUCGCUAUCCGUAGAGGAUUCGCUGCGACCAAAGUUCAAAUACAUGACAGACGAACUCGGUGGGACGAAGGACACGUGCGUCAAGUACCCUGCGUACUUUUCUCUCUCGCUGGACAACAGAAUUCGACCGAGGCACAAGUUCCUCGAGCAGUUCGAUCUCGCGCCGGAUCCCUUUCCGAUGAAGCUGCUGAGCGUUAGGGACGACGAAUUUGUCCUGCGAGCGUCAAAGUCUCUGAACGAGUUUGAGGAGUAUAAAACGCAAAUGGUGCCGAUUUUCACCGCACAAACCGCGCGAGAAAAGAGCCUGCGUAUGAAUUCUUCCAUGGCGCAGCACGAGAAGUUGCUGCUCGAGCGUCGACGCGUUGAAUUCAUUCGAAGGAAUCAGCAAGAGACGGCUCGUCAGCGAGAAAUGAGCGAUCGCGUCGCCAAAGCGCGUCAGUCUCUUAGAAUUCUGCGCAACUCGCAACAUCGAAGCCGAUAG